CAUCGUCUCCAGGAUCACAGAAUCACAAUGGCCUCCAACACUUCCAACCUCUUCCUUACUCUCACUGCUCUCAUUGCCCUGACCAUUCCUUUCAUGGCUAUUGCUUAUCGACCCUUGGUGACGAACAAGCCAACCGGGUCCAAUCCGAGCCUGGCUGCUAGGUUGAAUUUGGAUGGAGAAUCCUCAUCCAACUGCUGGGAUUCUUUCCUUCAGCUCCAGUCGUGUAGCGGUGAGGCUAUAUUGUUCUUCCUGAAUGGCGAGACUACUUUGGGUGAUAGAUGCUGUGAAGCUAUUCGGGUAAUCGAGCACCAGUGUUGGCCUGCCUUGCUUGGUUCUUUAGGGUUUACCAUCCAAGAGACUGAUAUUCUCAGAGGUUAUUGCGACGAGGCUGAACAGACUCAUCAUUCUCCUCCUUCCAUACCAGCACCACCGUCCGUUUUUCACCCUAAUCGAGCACUUCGUGUUCCUUAUCAGGAUGAGAUGGCUCCUUGA